AUGGCCUUCGAAACCAGCUCCAAAUGCAGCUGCAAAGCUCGCUGGGUGCAUUGUGGCAACCAAUUCCUACAGACAGAUUGCAAGGAAUACUACGGCUGUGCUUACGGCAACGAAGCCUACACAUGGUGCGAGGUCGAUCCGGGCUCAUGCCCUGAAGAAGCACGGGAUCCUCUCGGCAUUCGACCUGCGUGGGAUUAUUGCGUCAAUGACAACUUUGACAUCGAUUGGCAUCCAAAACACGUUGCAGACAAAGGUGUCCUGUCCGAACUGACAGGUUUGUACAUAGCUGCUGCAUUCAUCCUCGCUGCGGUUUUCACAUUUUUCCUCUUUCGCUACUCUGCGAUUGCUCUGUCAAUGCUUUUCGAAUUGCUGGUCCAGUACUUCCUGAUUGAGGUGCUUCUGCUCUUGCGACGAUGCGUGAUUCGCAUCUCACGGGCACUGCGACGCCAAUGCUGUGGUGCUGGCGUUGUUGAGCGGAAACUCUCCAGCGAUCUUUGGGUGGUGAAAGUGUAG